CUUGAAUGAGGUGAGCUCAGAAGCCGGUCAGACAGACGGAUACAAAGUAGCACAAGCUGUCUGUUCACAAACAUCAGGGAUACUGGAGUACGGACGGCAGGCUGCGGCCCGGGGAGGGGGGGGGAGGACGAAGGCAACUGAAACCUUAGACCCCUGACUUCCACCCGCAGAAGACUUUACAGAGAAAGAAAAUAUCGUCUGUUUUUAUGUGAUUUCGAACCCGCCGCGUGCGCGAUACAAGUCAACUGGAGAGAAAUAUUCGAGACGUUUUUCUAAUAGAUUUCCAGAUUUAAAUGUUCAACUUAAUGGGUCUAAUAAACGGUACAGCGGCCAUACAGACCAAUGUAUCCUGUACAUGUAACUGCAAACGCUCGACUUCAUUCCAAAGCAUGGAGAUCACCCAGUUGGAGUUUGUGCAGAUUCUGGUGAUUGUGGUGGUGAUGAUGGUCAUGGUGGUGGUGAUCACCUGCCUGCUUAACCAUUACCGCCUGUCGGCACGCUCCUUCAUCUCCAGGCACAACCAGGCCCGCAGGCGCCACCUACCACUGGCUUCGGACGGGAGUCUGUGGUCCUCAGAUGGCCCCGGGCCCUCCAGUGGAAUAAGCGAGCAGCAGGUGUACACCCCCCGGCCCCCAGACCGUGUCCCCUCCUACCUGCAGAGGGAUCACCUGGCCCGCUUCCAGCCCACCUACCCCUAUCUACCCCACGCCAUCAUCGACCUUCCACCCACCAUCUCGCUGUCUGAUGGCGAGGAGCCCCCACCAUACCAGGGGCUAUGUACCCUUCAGCUUCGUGACCCCGAGCAGCAAUUAGAGCUCAACAGGGAGUCGGUGCGAGCGCCCCCCAACCGCACGGUCUACGACAGCCACCUCCUCGACACCUCCCUGUGCCCGCCGCCCAGCCUCAACCCGGGGGUCAGUGCCACAACUGUAGCCACGGCCGCCCAGACGUACUCCAGCCGGGUGGAGGGAGCUCCGCCGACAUACAGCGAGGUGAUCGGGCAUUACUAUCACCCGUCUUCGAUGCCCAGACACCACCACCAGACUCCUAGCGGGGGCACAGGACGUGGAGGCGGUAUAGGGGGCCCAGGUCCCUCGCCGCCACCCUCUCUGCUCCACGGAAUACUCCAGCAGGCCCACCUGGGCAGCCUGGAGAGCAGGAAUGCACGCAACAACAAGGAGAAGCAAAACCCUCAGUCAGUGUGAUGACGGUGUUGGACGCCGUUUAUUCCCCAAAGGCCGUGCUUCAUCUGAACAGUUGGUGUCAUGGCUAGAUUGUUUUGGGGUGGCAGGGGUGGGAGACAGGCACCCAAAAGGAACAGAGCCGCGCUCCCUUCUUAACUUUACCCCGCAGUCGCUAUCUUUACUAAAACCCGUCCCCCCCGACUUACUUUGUAUAAAUAUUUACGUGUUCUAUGUCGUCUCUGUGCUAACAGCUUUUUUUCUAUACUGACAAAAACAGAAAAAGUUUAUUUCAGUUUAUUUUGUUUUUUAUAUCCUUUUGCAUUGGGUUUUACUAAAAGCUGCGUUUCUAAUUCCUUAUAGCUUCCUGUUGAUCCGAGAGUCUUUUAGAUUGGCCAGGUCUUCCUUUUUACUUAGAUUUUUUUGAUGCAGGAUUAUUUUAGUGAGCCGAAACCCCCUUCUGGCUUUGAGGACUGUCCGUGUACAGGCUUGUACAGGGCAUUGAUAGCGCUCUUCUAACAGGUUCAGGCUCUCAUGGGAUGCCAGAUUGAGGCUCAAACUUGAGCUCCAGUUAGCCUCUUAGCUCAUGACCCAGUUAGCCCUAGCGCCAGACAGACCCCCAUCGCUCCUCAUCAAUCCGCAUCAGAGGGUUAGUCAGCUUAGCGAUGCGGUGGUCAGAGUCGGUGUCCAUGGAAACACAUGACUGACAGCUGAGUAGGCCUGUAAUGUCAGGCUGCAUGUGUCAAUGUAACAAGUACUGGGUCGAGAUCAGUUCAGGUAACUACUGCACCCACUGAGUUGACAUCCACCUUUGUGGACUACUAUCCGGGCCCAUUAGAGAUUAAUCCUGUACUUUGAGUCUUUGUCCAGUCAGUUCUUUCAGUACCAUCUUUGGCAAAUUGUCUUUCUUUUUUUUCUUCUCUCUUUUUUUCUUUAAAUCUUUUUAAAAGAGAUGUUUGCACAAGAUUCAAGACUGUUUAUCGGGAGAAAACAAAAAUUCAUCUUUAACAUGUGUCACGAGAGAUGAGUGUAAGAUGGGGGUAUUUUUCUAUACAAAUGGAUUCUAAAGAGAUUUUUUUCAUUUUGUUUGUCUGCUCUAUAAAAAAUGAAAGCGGCGAUCUGUCGGGGUGCCAACUCAAACAUGUUAACAUUGUGCUCUCCAUACAUGUACGUCUGUAUGUAUGUGUCGAUGUAUGUGUGUAUACGGCAUAUAUACGCGUAUAUGGAAAUGGAAAAACGAAACUAAAAAGCACGAUUUUAGAGUUAUUUAUAUAAUUGUUGAAAAGAAUUGCACUAUUUUUUAAUAUAACGAAAUGGAACGAGAGAAAAAACACCUCUGUUGUGGAGGAGACUUGGUUUUUGUGUGCAUGUGGUAUCAUGAGUGACAAAGCUCUCAACCUCUUGAGCUCCAGCUCAAGUCCUUUCUCUGCAGAGAGCUCAGAUGGCCUGACCAGAAGUUGGGGGAGGUUCCACCUAGAUGCUGAUUCAGGGUCAGUUUUAAAUAUUUCCUCCAGUUAGUUAUGAUCGUCGGAGUGGAAGCUGAUCCAAGAUCUGUACCUAGGGGGAUAUUUGCCCCUCGUCUGAUCACCACAGGAGAUCAGCGCACAGACGCCUACUGCACAACACAGCAGUAAAGUAGGGCUGAAUCAUUAAGGGCCAAUUCACUACUUUAUAAUUGGUCUUCCAUUUACUUUUGGCCAACAUCAGAUGUGCAUAUAUCAAUUCAGGAUUAUUGUCAUAGGCUUCACUUUCUUUCACUUUUCUGGUCCUUUACAAAAGGCAAUUGAAAACCCAGCUGACCUCUAUAAAAUAUUAGCUCAAAACGUAUUUGUCAAAUAUUUCAUUUUGACAAACUACCUCAGUCGUCAUCAAGCACAUAGCGUCAUCCACCUAUUUAGACAUUUUCAAAUUUAGUGCCCAUAUUACAUUUUGACUCACAGAUAGUUGGUUCUUAAAGCACGGACCUUGCCAUAUCUAGGUUUAGAAAGUAAAGCAAUUAAUCCCUCUUGGCCUUGUAUCUGAUCAUCAGGCCUUUGAGUUGGCCUGGUGGGACAGAGAAAGAGUGCGCUCUGUGUACAUUAUAGCAUGACCGAGCGCUUAGCAGGCAACUACGAUGCCCAAAUCCUCCUACCGUCUGGGCUUCUCUCCAACAGGCAUCUCUUAGCACUUUAAUGACAAAGGAGAGCGACAAUCUCCCUCAGUCAGCAUUGGUCUCGCUUCCCUAUUGAUAUUAUGCAACUGCUCCCUCUGAGGCGAAACUCAAAUUGCCCUAAACAACGCUGGUAUCACAGCAAAUAAGGGUGGAAAGGAAGGGAGGACAAGUCCACAAAAGAAAAAGAAAAAACACCAGACAAGGCUGUCCAAUUGCCCCAUUCGUCUGCUCUAUUUCAUAUGUUUACAUUUUAAUUUUGAGGACAAAUAACUGAAUUGAAGCUAAAAGGUCUAACCCCUGCAAAGGAUUGUUCUGAGGGGCAUGUCCGUUUAUCACUCCUGGUGACAUACCAUUAUGCAGUUUGAUGUCCUCAGAGGGUAGCUUGGGUAGGUUUCCUGGUUCGAUUCCAGUCUUUGCUUCAGGGAAACCAUUGCUGACUGAUUACUUUGCAGACAGGGUGGGGAGUGGCACAUAAGGAACUGAAAUAGAGGACCCUAAAAGGCAUACCAUAUCGAACUAUACCACUGCGUAACCGAUAUAGUUGAUAUGACAGUCCAUGAGGCUGUCAUUAGCAUAGCGUUAAGUCUGUCGGAAAAUGUUCUGACUUCACGUUACAUAAAACAUUUGUUGAUACUUGAAAUGCAUAAAGUGAGUAUCAUGUCAAGUUGAAUCAAGUAAAAAUACUACUUUCUCCUCAGAACUGCUUCACUUUUAAACAUAUCUCUUAAUACAAUGCAUGUCAUAGUGAAAUUGAAAGCAUAGCGAGUUCUAGUGCUUCUCAUGCUCCCCUGCCAAGUAUGGUUAAUGUACACAGCCUGGCCCCACUAAUGAACUGUACCGUCUAGACUGGGCACACUGAUGAAAGCCAAGCAAAUAAUCCAGAAGAUUCCAAAUGGUGUGCCUUUAGGGUAGGCUAUGUCACCACCCACACCCCUGUCUGAAAUGAGCUCUUCCUAUUCCAUAGAGAUGCCUGUGUCCAAUGAAAGGGAGUUCCACACAGACUUGUGCACACAGCUUGUGCUGCCAUUGGCUGGCUUUCAGUCCCCUUGGAAAUGUUCAGUGUUUGUAUGUGCCUGCCUGCGUUGACAGAUUGGGCUCCGUCUGCGCUGUCAGUUGGCCUAGACUGGCCGUAGACUGACUCACAUAGUGACCGAGACGUAUGGAUGAUAAUAAUGAUGAUAAUGUUGAUAGAGGUGUCGCAGAGAGCGUUGCAAUAUACCUACUAUUUGCCUUUUGAUAAUGUAGUCAUUGUUUAACUUAGAGAAAUGUAUUUUUUUUUUUCAUUGUUGUUGUUUCUUUACUUUUAAAAGGUCAUUUUACAUACGUAUAAAGGGUUUUGCUGUGUAACUCACAUAUGAAUAACAGAACAUUUAUUCAUUCCAUGGUUUGACCACCAGGUGUCUUCACUAGCGAUAUUUUGGAGACCAAUGCCCCAAACAAGGCUGUUUCAAUGCAUCCAGGGCCGUAUAUUGCUGCAAGUCAAACUGGUAGAUUGGAUUGGUAUUACUAUAAGGUGAAUAGGUGCCAGAAUUAUGCCUUUGUUCCUGUUCACUAAUAGACAACCCAUUAGUAGUCUUUGAUAUGUCCUGUAAUUUUCUGCGCGGAAUAUGUGCCUCUAGCUUUUGGGAGCGCCAUUUUGAAGACAUGAAUGGGGCCAGGUUCAAAGGCAUCACCCUGGGUAAGAAACCUUUUGACCUUCCUCCACUCUCCCAACUACAAUCUUCUUGAUCAGUGUAAUUCGUACAGUGUCCACAUUAAGAAAUCUGAGAUUAAGGCUAUUGUAUAAGGACACAGUAUAUUGGACCUGAAUAGGUUCUAAUCUGCCAUAUUACCAGUCUACAUACCCAAAUCAGUAUAGACUAUAGAUUCCCUUCUCCACCUUAUGCUCAGUUCUUAGAUGUGUGCCUUUGAGGAUUCUAUGGUUGAUUUAUUUUUUUUGUAAUGUGUUAUAGUGCAAUUUCUUUUGUUCUGGAUUCUGUUGCCUUUUUCACAUGAAACCAAUCACCCUCUUUAUUGCAAAACCAAAAAAAAAACAUACAAUUGAGAAUUGAGUCCAUGUUUUAUUAU